AAGCGCACAGCUGGGUGGGCUAAGGGGCGGCGGCGGUCUGGGAGCCGGGGAAGUUUGGGCCACCGCUCGCAGUGCUGCGUUUUGAAGCCAGGCUCAAACCGGAGAAUCAGGGGGGCGGCGGACCGACUUACCGACGCCUUCGGGCCCGCUGCCACCGUCUCGAGUCCUCUUCCCUGGAAAAGUGUUUAAACUUUAAAAAUGUCAUCCAUCAAGCACCUAGUUUAUGCAGUUAUUCAUUUCUUACGGGAACAAAGUCAGAUGGAUGCUUAUACUUCAGAUGAGCAAGAGAGUUUGGAAGUUGCAAUUCAGUGCUUGGAGACAGUUUUUAAAAUCAGCGCAGAAGAUACACAUCUAGCAGUUUCACAGCCUUUGACAGAAAUGUUCACAAAUUCCUUCUGUAAGAAUGACAUUCUGCCUCUCUCAAACUCAGUGCCUGAAGAUGUGGGAAAAGCUGACCAAUUAAAAGAUGAAGGCAAUAACCACAUGAAAGAAGAAAAUUAUGCUGCUGCAGUGGAUUGUUACACACAGGCGAUAGAAUUGGAUCCAAAUAAUGCAGUUUAUUAUUGUAACAGGGCUGCUGCUCAGAGUAAAUUAGGUCACUACACAGAUGCAGUAAAGGAUUGUGAAAAAGCAAUAACGAUUGAUUCAAAGUACAGCAAGGCCUAUGGGAGAAUGGGGCUGGCCCUCACUGCCAUGAAUAAAUUUGAAGAAGCAGUUACAAGUUAUCAGAAGGCAUUAGAUCUUGAUCCUGAAAAUGAUUCCUAUAAGUCAAAUCUGAAAAUAGCAGAACAGAAGUUAAGAGAGGUAUCUAGUCCUACAGGAACUGGAUUGAGUUUUGACAUGGCCAGCUUAAUAAAUAAUCCAGCCUUCAUUAGUAUGGCAGCAAGUUUAAUGCAGAAUCCUCAAGUUCAACAGCUAAUGUCAGGAAUGAUGACAAAUGCUAUUGGGGGACCUGCUGCUGGAGUUGGGGGCCUAACUGACCUGUCUAGCCUCAUCCAAGCGGGACAGCAGUUUGCUCAGCAGAUACAGCAGCAGAAUCCUGAACUUAUAGAGCAACUUAGAAAUCACAUCCGGAGCAGGUCAUUCAGCAGCAGUACUGAAGAACAUUCCUGA